AUGCGUUUUAGCCUGGGCUGCCUCGCAACCGUUCAGAUCCUGCUUUUAUCCCGCGUCGCUACUGCAGUAUAUCGAGACGAAGCCUACCAGAUCGACUUUCAUCAUGCCCUCCUUGGAAUACCCCAAGCCCAUACAACAUUUUUCCAUAAGCCAUCGAACAAUUCGAAAGCCUCACUACUUUUUUCCCUUUCAGAGAAUGGGAUCGUUGGCGCGGUCAAUCCGAAAGAUGGUACUGUCUUGUGGAGGCAACGGCUUGGCGAAGAAGAGAAGACUUAUGUUGGUGAAGGGUUGUUGAGACCGGGAGAAGGGUCGAAUACCGUUAUUAGCGCAUUUGACGGCAAGGUUCAGGUCUUGGAUGCUGUGAAUGGGCGUUUAGGGUGGACAUGGCAAGCGAAUGGGAGAGUGAAAGCAGUAAGCACGACUGAAAAUGCAGGCCAGAGCCUUGUCUUCGCGGCUGUCCAAGAAGAAAGCUCGCUCGGCGUUGUGAGAUGCUUCUCAGCAGAAGCUGGGGAGGAAAAAUGGCAACAUCGAGACUCUGAGGGGGACUCGCCGCACGCCCUGCUCACUGCUCAAGGCCGGCUGUUCUAUAUUUCUCUUCACGCGGCACGCUUGAAAGGACUCAAGAUCAAGGCAACGGAGUUAGAUAUAUUGACAGGGCACCAGAAUGGUAACACUAUAAGUCUCAGCUCGGAUGGUGAAGUCCCCUCAGAGGACUCGCUGCUGUUUUCUGGCCUCAUUGGAGGAUUGCCUAUCAUUAUGUGGUCAGACAAAUCGUUCAAAACCGUCAAAGUGGCAUCUGUCCAUAAAUCACAAUCCACAACUCUGGGCGCGUUGUCGAACAAUGGAAAGCCAACUGAAAGAAUUUUCGUACAUGCAGCUCCAGAUCCCGACGGCGAGCCUCACUUCCUACUCCACUUUCAAGCAGCUGAGUCCCACUGGGCGAAGGUCUAUCAUAUAGACGCCACUACUGGAACAGCAAGCUUAGCAUACGAUCUUCCCGAAAUACCUGACCAAGGCGCUUUCUCAGCCAGUAUCCAGGGACCCAAGACGUACUUCGUGCGGUACACUUCGUCCGAGAUCUCCUUGGUUUUUUCCGAUUCAUCUGUUGAGCUUCAGAAAUGGCCAGUCCCACCUAAGCACCGAGCUGAUACAACCGAACUACGCAGUAUAUCGCACGCUGCCGCCGAAGUAGCUUCGCGAGGCGCAAACAAAUUCUCCUUGCGGUCUGUGGUCGCUUUGAAGAGCGGAGACUGGGAACUUAUCCGCAAUAGUGAGUCGCUCUGGAUCAGAAAAGAAGGUCUUAGCGGUGUAGUAGCUGCAACCAUUACAGAAGUACCUCGCGACGAGAAUUUCGCCCAAGAAUUAUUAGUCGAAGGGCAGUACAACUUUUUCUGGGCGUACAUCCAUCGGUUGAGGAGACAUUUGGGGGAACUUCAAGAUCUACCCUAUUGGCUUGAGCAGCAAUAUAAUACUCUGACCGCGCUUGCCUUUGGUAGUGACCCUGGAUCAUCCGGCUCAAGCCGCUUGCGAAAGGAUAAAUUCGGAUUCAACAAGAUUAUCAUCGUAGCCACCAGAUAUGGACGACUUGCUGCUCUUGAUACGGGAAGCAAUGGCAAGGUAAUCUGGCAGAUGCAGGCUGCUUUGCUACAAUCCAGUGCAACUUGGGACAUUCUUGGUCUUGAGGCCGAAGAUGGUACCGUGACCGUUCGUGCUGCGAAGGGUGAAAUCUUGCAAGUUGAGUCAAGCACUGGCAAGGUCUUAAAGUCCCAACAUGCGGCCCUCAUACGUGGCUUGGAGACGACCAUUGCAAUACCUGACGCGAAGGAACGAUCAGCUCUGAUAGGCGUGAAUGAUGAUGGCACAAUCUGUGAAAUCCCAGACGUGGACUUUGGAGGGGGCGUAAACAUUGUAACUGAAGAUCAAUGGUUGGAGCAUAUCCCAAAAAAAAAGGUUUCCUUGUCCUGGGUUUUCCGGCCGGCUACCAGUGAGCGAAUCGUUCAACUGCUUCAUCGUCCAUCACACGACCCCGUCGCAUCGAUUGGAAGGGCACUGGGAGACAGAAACGUGCUGUACAAGUAUCUCAAUCCACAUGUCAUUUUGGUAACAGCGGUCAAUGUUCAAACGUCUACUGCUACUUUCUACCUCCUUGAGUCGACAUCCGGAUCGAUCCUGCACACCACCACACACUCAAAUGUAGAUACGACCAAGCCCAUCGCUUCGACAUUGUCCGAGAACAUUCUCACUUACUCUUUGUACUCACACACAAGCUCGCAAGACACACUCCAAACCGAGAAGAAAGUGUUGCAAGGAUAUCAGCUAGUGGUAUCUGAACUCUACGAGUCGCCUUUCCCCAACGAUCGAGGACCAUUAGCUUCGUCGUCAAACACUUCUUCACAAGGACCGCUGGACCUCAAUGAAGAAAGGACUGCAAAUCUGCCCCACGCCAUCUCACAAACGUACCUUAUCUCUGAUUCCGUUUCCUAUCUAGCCACCACUUCCACCCUUCAAGGCAUUACCCCACGAUCCUUACUCUGCAUCAACUCCGACCUCAAGACCAUCACUUCCAUUCCAGGGCACAUCCUUGAUCCCAGAAGACCAGUCGGCCGCGAUUCAACCUCUGCGGAGGCAGAAGAGGGGCUUUAUCGAUAUAAUGCUGUGCUGGACUUUGACCCCAAAUGGAUCUUGAACCAUAAACGAGAGAUGCUCGGUCUAUCCAAGGUGAUAGCAAGUCCUACGCUCUUGGAGAGCACGAGCUUAGUCUUUGCCUUCGGUGAUGUUGAUCUUUUUGGAACGAGAGUACGGAAAAAGCAGAUAGAUGGGCAAUGGAGAACUUGA